AUGACGAAAUCUAAUUUACAGACUUUGCAUGUGACAACAAAGCAUAGUCAAAAUGGAAAUAUAAACUCAUUUGAAAUUAUAACCAAUAAAAAAAAUAAUAUACCACCGAAAGAAAUAGUUGAUGAAUUAUUUGAUAAAUUGUUGUCAAUUCGAAACUUUUCAAAAGAAGCAAGAACUACUUUACUACAUCAAUCAAUUGAAAGGAAAUGGGAAUUAAUAUUAAGAGAAUAUGAAAGUAAUAGCUCAUUUGAUAUAAGUAUUAAAUCUCAACAUUUUGGUGGUUAUAAUUUGCAUCAAAACAUUGGAGAUUAUAAUUUAAAAGAAAGACAUAGUUCUAAAGAUAAUUUACCUGAAUGGUUUAUAUCUCAAAUAAUGGCAAAUAAAUUUAAAUUAAAAGACUUAAAGUAUUUAGAAAAAAAAUUGGAACACAGAGUCUCAAUGAAAGAGCUGAAAUAUAAUUGGAUUAAAAAAUUUAUAUCACUUCAAGGAGAUGCAGUUGUUACUACUGUUUUGUCAAAAAUUGGUAAAAAAAGUAUAAAAUCAAAUGAAGAAUUUGACAUGGAAUAUUUACUUAUAAAAUGUAUAAGGCAUAUCAUAGAAUUUAAAAAAAAUGAAAAUUUAGAUUCAAAUCUUACUAAAUCCGAAAAAUCAAUUAUACAAUCAUUAAUAAGAUCCAUUAGAUCUCCUAGAAUUUCUACUAGAAUUUUAGUUACUGAAGUGUUAAUCAAUUUAUUGUAUUCUUCUUUUAAAGAAGAAAAUUUCUUGCAUAUUUUCUCAGAUGAAACAAACAAAUUUGUUACUUGGUUUGACGUAGUUAAAUCAUCAUUAUCAAAAAGCUGGUCUAUUAGAAAUGAUGAUUCAUAUUUGGCAAAUUACUUCACGUUCACUUUAAUUCUAAUAAAUAGUAUCACACAAUGUGCAGGCUCAUUGAGGAAAAGAUUACUAAUUCGUCAAGAUUUUAUGGAGGCUGGUAUUGAUUAUAUAUUUGGGAAAGCUAAAAACUUUAAAGAUAAUAGAAUUAGAGAUGAAAUAGAGAAAUACAUUUUAAAAGAGACUGAGGAUCAGAAACUUUUGAAAAAGAAAGAGAAUAAAAGCUUACCAAAAUUACCUAGCGAUUUUUCUAGUGAUGAAUCUUUAGAUUCUUGUUUGACAGAAAUUGAAGAUUGUGAUGUUGAUACUACAGAACUUACUAAAGGAAUGGGGAUUAUAUUGAAGAAGCUUUCCAGCCAAGAACACAAGUCUGGUGACAUAGAGAAAAUUGUAAUACUUUUGGAAUCUAUGUUGAAUCAAGUUACUUCGAAUGAACAAUUGUCAAAUGUAUCAAUCCAAAGACUUAUUGAUGGAUUAGCUUCAGAAGUUACUGCUAGGAAAGCUAUUAGUGAGUGUCAACAAUUACAAAAAGAGAUCAAAUUGCUAAAAGAAUCAAAUGAACUACUAAAGCAAACUGCUCAAGUGAAGGAUUUAGAGGAACGUCAAAAUUUAAUUAAACAACAAGCAGACAAGUUGGAGUCACAAAAGAAACAAAUUCAUCUACUACAAAGACAAAUCAAAAGAUUUGAGGAAGACAAAAAUCGUAAACCACGUCAUAAAAUCAUCAAUCAUUCAUUUGAAGAUCUUGCUGAGACUAGAAAUAAUUCACCAAAGAAAAUAACUGAUGAAUUAAACUCAAUAUUAGGUCAUGCUACUUUUGCUGAUUUAAAAGAUUCAAAUUCUACAUCAUUUCAUAGAGGUCCACCGACUCCACCAGGUUUAUCAUCAAAGAAAUUUUCAAGGUCUGAUCUCACACUGCCACCUAAAGCUCCAAAUUUUGACAAGUUCUAUGAAACAAAUGAUUCAAGAGAAUCAAUACCAACAAGUUCAUCACCAGUUCAACCAAGUGUUGCUCCACUUCCACCUCCACCUCCACCUCCAAUCCUCCCACCUUUCCUCAAUAGUAUACAAAGUUCUUCACCACGACCUCCACCAAUACCUGAUUUUUUAAAAGAUAUCGAGAAAAAAGCAGCUCCACCUCCACCAUUACCGGAUUUUUUGAGAAUAUCACCAUCUACACCAGCUCCACCUCCCCCACUACCUACCUUUUUGAAAAAAAUACCUGAUUCAAAUAAUUCAACUCCACCAGCACCACCUCCUCCACCUCCUUUACCAGCACAACCACAAAAGAUAACAAUAAAACCUGAAACUGAUUCCAACAACUCCUUUAAUUCAGAAAAUAACGAUACCGACACUACUUUACUCUCAAUUAGACCAAAAGUCAAACUUAAACAGAUUCAUUGGAACAAGAUUAAUAAUAUUAAUGACACUUUUUGGGAGGAUAUUGAUAACACUACCAUAUCUGAUAAGCUUGUUCAACAGGGAGUUUUUGAUGAUGUUGAAAAAAUCUUUGCUGCUUCUACUCCUUCUAUCAAAAAAUCAGUCGAAGUUAAAGAAACUGCAAAUCCAAAUAAAAUUAGCUUCUUAUCUAGAGAUUUGGCACAACAAUUUGGUAUCAAUUUGCAUAUGUUUGCUGGUAUACCAGAAGAGAAGUUAAUACUUAAAAUACUUAGAUGUAACUCAGAUAUUUUGGAGAAUAUUAGUGUUGUCGAAUUUUUCAAUAAUGAUGCCUUAAUUGAGAUAAGUGAGGGCUUACUGAAAAAUUUAUCACCAUAUUCAAGUGACCCUAGAUCUAAAGACAAACCAAGUAAAGAUCUAAAUGAAUUAGAAAGAGCAGAUAGAUUGUUUUUAGAAUUAUGUUAUAAUCUAAGACAUUACUGGAGAGCUAGAUCCAAAGCUUUACUAUUUGCACAAACUUAUCAAAAAGACUAUCAAGACUUAAAUAUGAGAUUAAACCUAAUCGAUCUUGGUAUUGAUUGUCUCAAAAAUUCUGAAAAUUUCAGAAAUGUAUUAAGUGUCAUAAAAUUAGUUGGAAAUUUCAUGAAUGGUGCAUCAAAACAAGCUUUGGGAUUUAAAUUAGAUACAUUACAAAGAUUAAAAUUUAUGAAAGAUGAACUGAAUUCAAUGAGUUUUUUACAUUAUUUGGAAAAAGUUAUAAGACAAUCUUUUUCGGAAUAUUCAUCAUUUGUUGAUGAAAUUAGUGAAUUAAAUGAAAUUCAAAAUAUUUCAACUGAACAAUUAGAGUUAGAUUGUCAAGAAAUGGAGAAAAAUUUGAAGAUUAUUAAUAAUGCAAUGGAAAAUGGCAAAUUAAGUAGGGAAAAAGAUCUACAUCCAUCUGAUAGAAUUAGAGAAACAAUAAAAUCUUCAAUUGAUGAUGCAAAUGAUAAAAUUCAAUCAUUACAAAAGCACUUAGAGGAAACAAUGUCAGAUCUAAAAUCAAUUAUGGCGUUUUUUGGUGAAGAUAUCAAUGAUGGUGGGUCAACAAGAGAUAGCUUUUUUUCAAAAGUAAUGAUAUUUGUCACAGAAUAUAAAAAAGCUCAUGUUGAAAAUAUUCAAAAGGAGGAAGAACAAAAAGUUUAUGAAAUUAGAAAAAAGAAAAUUGAAGAUGUAUUAGCAAAAGAUUUACAAGAUGAAACAAAAUUUGUUGAUAGUGUUGAAGAAGCAUCAGCUGUAAUUGAUAUCUUGUUAGAAAAGCUAAGAACAGCUUCACACAAGAAGGAAAGAAGAACCAAGUUAAAUAAAUUAGAUACCAUAGUGACCACAACAAUUGAUUUAGAUUCGCCAACAACUCCAAAUCUAGAUAUUGAAUAUGAGAGUGUUAAUAACCUCAAAAGAAGACUAACAAAUAGGAAAAAGAAUAAUAAAGAUAUGAUAAAAACUGAUCAAAUUAAUAAUAUACUGCGGGCUCAAGUAAUGUUACAUCAGUUAAGAAAUGGACCAAAUGAUGGUUCAAAUGAUAAUUCUAAUAAUGGUUCAAAUGAUGAUAUUGAAAACAAAGAAAACCUUGGACAUAAUUUUAAAAGUGUAUAG